UAAAUUGCAUCUAUCCGAAGGAAUUAUUCCUCGUCAUAUGCAGGGAUCUGUACAAAGUCAUGAUUUGGAUCCGAUUUGGGGAAAUCUUCGAUCACAAACAACAAAAGUUUGGCAACCAGAUGGAACGCGAACAGAACUUCAAUGUGCACCCGAUUCAAAUACCAUUAUUGGACGCCAAUUUGCCCCAGCUAAUCCAGAAAAUAGGGCUGGAAAUAAUAUAAUGGAUCGACGACGUUUAACAAUUCAACAGAUUGAGGCAAUUCUUUAGAAAUAAUUGCGGCAUGUCUCAAAAAACCUCAAAUUUUAGGGGAUAGGCGAAUUAAAACCUUCUCGUCUGUCAGAAUGUAUUGUUCCAAAAAUAUUUUCUACCGACUUCAUUUCACUAAAGAGUGGUGCCGAUUUUGGAGCUUUCAGACCAACAAAAAUGGAAACAGUUGGUGGACUUGGGAUGAGUUUUGACGACGAAAAACUUUGUAAAUUGGUUAUACCUUAUCAGGUGAUUUG